UCUGACGUACGCCGUUUAUUAAAAAAGCAAAAGCUUGAACGACAAAGUUCUAGUCGAAUAAGUCAUCCAUUUGCUAAGUAUGACGACACAGGUCGCUUAAUCUGUAUUGUGUGCAAAUCACCCGUCAAGAACGAAAAUGUCUGGCAAGCUCAUCUUGGCUCUAAUCAUCAUAAAGAAAAUAUAGAGAAACUAAAGGCAUUAAAACAACAAAAGAGACCAGCUGCAGAGCCAGUACAGGCCGAACCACAACAGAAACGCGUUCGAUUUGAAGAUAUUGAACUAAGCGAUGAUGAUGAAGAAGAAGAAGAAGAAGGCCAUCUGCCAGCAGACUUUUUUGACCAGAACGCAACUGAAGAGCCUAUGGAUGAGGAUACUGUAGAAGAUGGUGUAGAGGAUAAUGUAAAAGAGAUGACUGUGAAACCAAAUACGAUACCUGCUGGAUUCUUUGAUGAUCCUGAACGAGAAGCAAAAGCUCAAGCGGCUGCUCAAGAACAAGCCAAGUUACAGUUAGAAAAGGAAUUGGAUGAAUUCCAAGAGGCAAUGCUA